AUGGCACGACCCGACCAGCAGCCUGAGUCUCAACCCGAUGAGGCGCCCAACCCUCAGCAAACCCAGAUUCAGCUUUCUAGUGUUUCUCAAACAGAAGAUUCUGUUUCUCAAAUAGAGGAUCAUAGCCAGGUUCAAAUUGCAAAUCACUCAAAGUCUAGUACCGCAAAGAGUACUCCAGUAAUUACCACAGUGCAAUUAUCGGUCAUUGGAUCCUUAACUAUCAGAGCGGCUACCUGGAUAUGUCUGCUAGCAUCGCUCAUAGCCUUAGCAGCCAACACUUCUUCCGUAAAUGGUGUCUAUAAAGAGGUCAAAAUUGGGUUCAGUAAUAUUUAUGCUUAUCGGUACUCUAUGUCCACUAUAGUAAUCGGUUUUGUAUACACAUCUGUUCAUGUAUCCGUAGAAUUCUACCAAGUAAUUACUGGAAAAAGUCUUUUAACUGGCAAUGGGAUCCCCAAAAUCAUCUUUUACAGUGACAAGUUGCUAUUAUCUCUACUAGCAACUGGUGUUGGUGCAGCAUUUGGAGCUACCUAUGAUCUGAAGAAAAACUUUGAUGACUUGGAUGACCUUCUGGUGUUUUUUGAUGAUCCAAUCCUUUCCGAAGCUCGACCUAAGCUUGAUAACUUCUUCAGCGUCGCUUAUGUUUCGGCUGGAUUCCUUCUUGUCGCAUUCUUAUGCUCAAUCGUGUCUUCUAUUCUCUCCUCACUUGCCCUUUAUAAGAAUACUAAAUGA